CCUGCCCCCGAUUCUCUCGUCCGCGACAUUCUCCAGUCUCUUGCUCGAGCUCGAGCUCGAACGCCAACUCACCAUUCAAUGGCGGCGGAGGGCAACUCACAAACCGUGGAAACCUUGACCCUAGAUUCGAGCCCUCCCGAGACCCUCGUCGAUGGCAGCACCGUCGUGGCUCGCUCGCUCGCCCGGGCGGGCGUCCGGCACAUAUUCGGCGUGGUGGGGAUCCCCGUUACGGCCGUCGCCACCCGCGCCGUCGCCCUCGGCGUCCGCUUUCUCGCCUUCCACAACGAGCAGUCCGCCGGCUACGCCGCCUCCGCCUACGGCUACCUCACCUGCCGCCCCGGUGUCUUUCUCACCGUCUCCGGCCCCGGCUGCGUUCACGGCCUCGCCGGCCUCUCCAACGCCGCCGCGAAUACCUGGCCGGCGGUCAUGAUCUCCGGCUCCUGCGACCAGGCCGAGUUCGGGAAGGGCGACUUUCAGGAGCUCGAUCAGUUGGCUGCCGUGAAGCCCUUCGUCAAACACGCCGCCAAGGCCACCCAUGUAACCCAGAUCCCCCGCCUGGUUCGCGAGGUGCUGGGCGUUGCCGUCUCCGGACGGCCCGGAGGGUGCUAUCUGGAUCUCCCCGCCGACGUCCUCCACCAGACGAUUCCUGAAUCGGAAGUCGCUAGGGUUUUAUCCCAGGCUGAAUGCCCUAGAUUUCAAGAAAUUAGGUACGAAGGCGCCCUGGAUAUUGAAAAGGCGGUGUCUCUACUGAGGCACGCGGAGAGACCUUUGAUCGUGUUCGGAAAAGGCGCCGCCUUUGCUCGGGCCGAGAAUAAUCUAAAGAAGCUGAUCGAUACCACCGGAAUUCCGUUCCUUCCGACGCCGAUGGGUAAGGGUUUGAUGCCCGACACCCACGCGCUUGCCGCCACCGCCGCCCGAUCGCUAGCCAUCAGCCGCUGCGAUGUUGCCUUAGUCGUGGGAGCACGGCUCAAUUGGCUCCUCCACUUCGGAGAACCUCCAAGAUGGUCUAAAGAUGUGAAAUUUAUACUGGUGGAUAUCUCCAAGGAGGAGAUCGAUCUCAGAAAGCCCUACUUGGGCUUGGUGGCUGAUGCAAGGAAGGUGCUGGAUUUGAUCAAUGAGGAGAUCAAGGACGAACCUUUCUGUUUGGGGAGGUCGCAUCCUUGGGUGGAGGCCAUUUCAAAGAAGGCAAAGGAAAAUGUGGCAAAGAUGGAGGCCCAGUUGGCUAAGGAUGUGGUUCCCUUCAAUUUCUUCACCCCGAUGAGGAUUAUAAGAGAUGCAAUUCUCGCUGAGGGGAGCCCAGCUCCAAUAGUGGUGUCGGAGGGUGCAAACACGAUGGAUGUUGGGAGGGCAGUACUGGUUCAGAAUGAGCCAAGGACAAGGUUGGAUGCAGGAACAUGGGGAACAAUGGGGGUUGGCUUGGGUUAUUGCAUUGCAGCUGCUGUGGCUUCACCUGGUCGCUUGGUGGUGGCUGUGGAAGGGGAUUCUGGCUUUGGAUUUAGUGCCAUGGAAGUCGAGACAUUGGUAAGGUACCAAUUGCCCGUUGUGAUCAUAGUGUUCAACAAUGGUGGAGUGUAUGGUGGCGAUAGAAGAAGCCCUGAUGAAAUGGCUGGACCAUACCAAAAUGACCCUGCCCCAACCUCCUUUGUUCCAGGUGCAGCUUACCAUACUCUAAUGGAGGCUUUUGGAGGUAAAGGCUAUCUUGUCGGGACUCCACAAGAGCUCAAGUCUGCUCUUGCCGAAUCUUUCUCUGCAAAGAAACCAGCUGUAAUAAACGUUAUCGUAGAUCCAUAUGCUGGUGCGGAGGGUGGGAGAAUGCAACAUAAGAACUAAAUGCCAUGUCACACUCUUGGUCUGUUUCCAGGUUCUUCAUUCCAAUUAAUAAUCCUUGCUUUUCAUGCAAUGUAUCUUCUUUCCAGUUUUACCUCAUGUCAGUUGCCAUGACACCGAUCAUGUAAACGUUUGUAAAUUAGAAAUUUAGGCAGAUGAUGUUGCCUCCAUAUGUUGUUGAAGAUAUUUGAUGCAGGUUGGGUUAAGUUAUUUAGGUUUGAAUUUUUGAUAAAUUUAGUAAAAAGAUCAGUCCGAAUUGGCCUAUU